AUGGCCUCUAGCCUCGACCGCCAGAUCGAGCAGCUGAGGAACUGCCAGCCCAUCUCGGAACAGCAAGUCAAGGACCUCUGCCUCAAGGCUCGCGAGAUCCUCGUCGAGGAGGCCAACAUCCAGUGGAUCGACUCGCCCGUCACUAUCUGCGGCGACAUCCAUGGCCAGUUCUGGGACCUCCUCGAGCUCUUCCGCGUCGGCGGCGAGUGUCCCGACACCAACUACCUCUUCCUCGGCGACUACGUCGACCGCGGCUUCUACUCGGUCGAGACGUUCCUCCUCCUCCUCGCCCUCAAGGUCCGGUACCCGGACCGCAUGACGCUCAUCCGCGGCAACCACGAGUCGCGCCAGAUCACCCAGGUGUACGGCUUCUACGACGAGUGCAUGAAGAAGUACGGCUCGGCGAGCGUGUGGCGGCACUGCUGCGAGGUGUUCGACUACAUGAGCCUCGGCGCCGUCGUCGACGGCCGCGUCUUCUGUGUCCACGGCGGCCUGAGCCCCAACGUCAACAGCCUCGAUCAGAUUCGCCUCAUCGACCGGAAACAAGAAGUGCCGCACGACGGCGCCAUGUGCGACCUCCUGUGGUCCGACCCAGACGACAUCGAGGGCUGGGGCUUGUCGCCUCGAGGCGCCGGGUACCUGUUCGGCGCCGACGUCGUCAAGCAGUUCGUGCACGCCAACAACCUCGACCUGAUCGCUCGCGCGCACCAGCUCGUCAUGGAGGGCCACAAGCUCAUGUUCGACGACAAGAUCGUCACCGUGUGGAGCGCGCCCAACUACUGCUACAGGUGCGGCAACGUGGCGUCGAUCCUCGAGCUCGACGAGAACCUCAACUCGAACUACCUCACGUUCGAGGCGGCCGCUCAGCAAGACGCACGAGGUAUCCCGGCCAAGAGCACGGCGCUGCAGUAUUUCCUGUGAGCGCGCUCGUCGUCGAUGGCGGUCUUCAGGGUCGACUCGCCCUCCUCGACGCUCGGCCCGGCGUCGCACCUGCCGCCGUUCUCCACCUCUCCCGCUGUACAUCCCUCUUCGUCCUGUGCGACGACUCGAGCGUCUCGCAGGCGCGCCCGCAUGCACUGUUCUCCCUUCCUUCCACCCUCCCCCUCUCCUCGCAGCCCUUCCCUCCCACGAUGUCCCCUCUGUACGAGCUCGCCAUUGUUGCUUCCGCAGUCGCUGUCCCCUCCUUCUGUACUAGACAUACCCCGUUCUGCACGCG